AUGGAGGCGCUACCAGCGCUUCCGUUGCCGCUGCUGCAAAGUAUCUUGGCGUUCGCCGUGCCGGGCUACGUCGACGACCUCCCUGUCGAUCGACGUAAUGGCAUCACGUUCGUCCUCAAGGAACUCAAGCACGUGUCGAUGGCGUGGGGAUCAGACCCUGUGAUGCUGAAGUUGUACAACGCGUUGAAGAAGUGGAACGAGCAAGGAAACCGUGGAGGGUUGAGGCAUCUGACCGUUCCGACGAGGAACAUCAAGGACAAAGUCCGGGCUAGCAAGGAGUUUUUCGAGAAUGUGACGAAAUCCUGCCCUCUGAUAGAACAUAUCGACGGGUACAAGUUCAACGCCGGGUGUCAGAACUUGCGCAAGUUUAACUGGAUCGUUGCUCCUUUCGGGGAUCCGUACUUUCGAGUCUUUGGUGAGCAUGUCAAGCCGCAGGUGAAGACGCUCACGCUUGGGGUGAACAUGUAUUGGAAGUGGCCGUGGUACUUCCAUGACAAAAGCAGCGCUGCUGGGCCGCUCCCUAAUAUUGACUGGGGAGAGGAGGACUACUGUGAGCGCCCUGGCUACGGGUUUCUUGCAACUGACCCUGGAGCUACAUUGAAAGGCUGCCCCAAGCUGGAUGAACUGAUUAUCCAGCUGUACCAUGCAGUGGAUCUUGACAUGUACAUUCCCCCGGACAUGGGCGACAUCCAGGAUUUUCCCGAGCAGGAAAUGGUGAACCAAAACGUUUUUGAUGACCACUUUUGUGUGACUUUGGCCUCGCAGUGUCCGUUCGUAACUCACUUUGUGAUUAAGGAAAUAGGCAACUAUUUCAAUAGGAAAGAGUUGAAGCCAAUUGUGACAUUCACGGAUCGAGGGCUGAUGGCGCUGACCAAGCUAAAAUUUCGUCGCUCUUUGGAGCUUCGCAGCAUCAACUGUACGGGACGCGUCUUGCUCAAGUUUCUGAAUUCUCAGUCGAACAAGUUUACUGGAGCCCGGACGUUUGAGAUCACUGUCGGUGGGAGUCCAGUCGAUUCGAGACUCGCAUUCUACGACAUUCUAAAGGAGCUGCUUGUCCAUCUUGCUGAGACCUCGGACCCGCCGUGCGCCCGCCAGAAGUUUGCGCUACGACUUCUACGACGGCGAAGGUGCAAGUGA